UUACUAUGCUCUGUUUUUGUGGCAGUUAUUCCGUGGAAACUCUGACUGUGAUGAGAUCGUUCAUCAUAACUUGGAGCAUCCUUUCAAGGCUCGCUAUGCACGCUUCCAUCCAGUGGACUACUACAACAGAAUGGGGAUGAGGGUGGAACUGUAUGGUCAACAACCAGAGAUUCCUGAAGCUGACAACGGAAGGAUAGAGAACUUGGCGUUGUACAAACCAGCACAGCAGUCCAGUUCAUUUGAGCCAGUCUUCGGACCAGCUGGAGCUGUCGAUGGACAAGAUGAGGACGGAAUAUCUAUCACCAAGGUGGAAAAACAACCGUGGUGGUCCGUGGAUCUCAAAGCUCAUCAUCAGAUCUACUUUGUUGCCGUUACUAACCCAGGAAUCACAAUGUGUGCCGAGCCUAAGAUCUUGACCAAUUUCGUGGUGAGAGUUGGUGACAAUCCCGAUGUGAACAACAAUCCACCGUGCAGCGCCAUCUACAGACGGAAAGUAGAGCCGGGACAAACAGUACAGAUUCAAUGUCAGAGCAUCGACGGUGUCCCGCCCAUCGGUCAAUACGUCAGCAUCGAGCUGAAUCCAGACAAGCCGGAUGAGUUGACCCACAUCCAGGUGUCAGAGGUCAAAGUUUAUGGGGUCUCAAGACCAGUUCCAGGCCCAGCCUGUCAGUUCAAAGAAGGAGCUCAUUAUCUUGGUAUGGAGGCCGGUGAGAUUGAUAACGCCCAGAUAUCUGCCAGUAUCUACAAGAAGGUAUGCACAGUGUUCCUACUCUCUGAGAACGGUAACACUGAGGUCGUUCAGACACAGUACUCAAGGCUACCAACCCCAGAACGCCCGUCUGAACCUGCCUAA